GCAGAUCAAUUUCGAAACCUUCUGUGCUGUGCUGCUAGUCGAAAGUCAGAGGCAACUAUUCCACAGUAAUUCGCGCUUUGUGUCUAGUGUGCAGAAAUGGCAGCUAGAUACGACAGAGCUAUAACAGUUUUCUCUCCAGACGGUCACUUGUUUCAGGUGGAAUAUGCGCAGGAAGCUGUAAAGAAGGGCUCCACAGCUGUUGGAAUCAGGGGGAAAGAUAUUGUUGUGUUGGGUGUUGAGAAGAAAUCAGUGGCGAAGCUUCAGGAGGAGAGGACUGUGAGGAAGAUCUGUGCCUUGGAUGAGCAUGUGUGCAUGGCCUUCGCAGGUCUGACAGCAGACGCCAGGAUUGUGAUCAACAGAGCACGAGUUGAGUGUCAGAGCCACAGACUCACAGUGGAAGACCCCGUAACUGUGGAGUACAUCACCCGCUACAUCGCCACACUCAAACAGCGCUACACUCAAAGCAAUGGACGUCGUCCGUUCGGCAUCUCAGCCCUGAUUGUUGGUUUCGACUAUGAUGGGACUCCACGUCUCUAUCAGACAGACCCUUCUGGAACAUACCACGCGUGGAAGGCGAACGCCAUCGGCCGCAGUGCGAAGACGGUGAGGGAGUUUCUGGAGAAGAACUACACAGAUGAAGCCAUCGCCAGUGAUAAUGAUGCCAUCAAGCUGGCCAUCAAAGCCUUACUGGAGGUUGUGCAAUCCGGUGGCAAGAACAUCGAGCUGGCAGUGAUCCGGAGAAACCAGCCCCUUAAGAUUCUGGAGUCCAAAGAGAUUGAGACGCUGGUCGCCGAAAUAGAGAAGGAGAAAGAGGAGGAGGCAGAGAAGAAGAAGCAGAAGAAGUCUUCGUAAAUCAGAUUCUCCCUUGGUUUUGUUUAUAUGGGCAGAUGCACUUGGCUCAGGCUCUCACUGUACACCUUCCUCCUCCUCUUCAUCUGUUAAGAGCACAGACUCUUGGUCUUCUACUGAACCACAGCAUCAAUGAAUAUGUUUGUUUUUUUCCCCAGGAAAUAUUUUUUAAGAUCCUAGUAAUAAAAGCAUGUUCAGGGAUGAGAGUUGCCAGUUGUUAAUUUGUUGAGCAUGUACUGUGGUCAGCCUGUAGAUUUCGGUCAGUUUUCUUGCUCAACUUUCGACCACUGCUCAGAAUUCUGGGAGAAUGUGCUCUGACUGAUGUUUCCUAAUAAACUGUUUUGGUUUGUA